CUCCUUAUCUUCGAGCUACUCGCCUACGCCACUACAUUAGCCGUCAUCCCCUCCCAGAUGGGACAGUUGCCCAAGCGUGUCUUUCUACAGGCGUUAUAUCACAGUAUUGCUUCAUUUCCCAGGGAGCCUCAUUCGAAAAACAUUGGAUGACCGGCUGCAGCCCAGAGGGACAGGACACGUAGCAGGAUGUCAUGGAAUACGGCAGGCCUGUACUAUGGCGUGGGGUAUCCAGAGAAGAGACUGUACGAUGGAAGAUGAUCUCAUCUGGGAGCGAGGAAGCACGUCGGAAAAACCUCACGGUUCGCGAAGGCGUCCGGGGAGCCAAACGACAGCUGCCGGACAUGGAAUGAAACCCAAGAUCUCGAAGUUUCACCUGCUAUCAUCACGAAGACAUAGUUUUCACACCUUGGCUCAGAUUCAUAAGCAGUGUUUCAUUCUAGCAACAACCUCCACGGUGCUUGUCAUAUCAUACUCCCAUCAUUUCUCCGACGCAAUAUGCAAAAACGUAUUUCUCAAUUUGAUGCAUCAAAAUGAACUGCUUGUAUCGUCUACCAAUUACGCAGCUCGAAGCAAAAUGCAAACAAACGCCAACAAUCCCGGUUCCUCCCGUUUGCUUGCUUCCCCUAUUCGUGUACAACUCCUCCGAAAUGCAGUGCAGUGCGCCCAAAAAGCAGAAAAAGCAGACAGAAAUCAAAAGCCGUUUCUCUGAUGUGAUGUGAUUGACGGAUGCGUAUACCCACACAAUAGUAACAUCAAAUGCCGUUUCGUAGACCUAUGCACCUCAGCCACUUGAGCGAAUGCCCGUAUUGUUUUCUUCCCGCUUGUAGCGAACCCGUGAUGACUUGAUGUUGGUUGAGCGGCAGUCCCGCUUUCCUCUCC